AGGAAGUUCGGCAAGCAGAUCCAGCGUAGACAGCUUGACCUUCCCGAAUAUGCCGCCAGCUUCGUGAAUUAUAAGGCUUUGAAAAAGCUUAUCAAACAACUUAGUGCGACACCGACAAUACCCGCUCAGAGCGCCGCAGGUGUCCCCCAAAAUGUCCCCGAAGCGCAAGCUGCCCUUCGCGCGAACAAGGAGGUGUUCUUUUUCCGUCUGGAGCGAGAGAUCGAGAAAGUCAACGCUUUCUAUCUGCAGAAGGAAGCCGAGUUCUCGUUACGGCUGAAAACGCUAGUUGACAAGAAACGAGUUAUACAAUCGCGGGCAGUGACCAGUUCAAAAGCACCUGCCAAUUUCGUUGCCCUUUUUGAAGGGUUUCAGCAGUUCGAUGGUGACCUGAACAAGUUACAACAAUUCGUCGAGAUCAACGAGACUGCGAUGUCGAAAAUUUUGAAGAAGUCUCGCAUGAAAGAGCUGUACCUGCACCGUGCUGUUGAAGUACAACCAUGUUUCAAUCGUGAUGUCUUGCGUGACUUGUCCGACCGAGCAACGACAGCCAGGUUAGAGCUUGAAGCAUGGGCAGAAGGCGAAAACAUUCACUUUGAUACAGCUCGUCCGGUGGACCGGGCUAUGGCUGUUCAGGCCUUCGGCACGGAUGAGGAAGAUCUCGACCUGCAGAUUCUCCAAUCUGCAAUGGCAGGGAACUUGCAGACGCUACGCGAAUGGACUGCCAAGUUGCAGUCGUCUCCUGAUGCUCAUGCCCGCGCAACCCGCACUUUCCUAGCCGCCAUCAACGAGUUCUCCGACGAUGUACUAGCGGUUCUUUUGGAGAGCGGCUUGGUUGACAUCUUAGCUGAAGAUGACAUCAAUGAGCGCAAUUGUUUGCACGAAGCAGCAAUCUCUGGUCGUGAAUUUGUUUUCAAGGCUGGCCUGACAGCCGGUGUCGAUGUUUCCAGGACCGACGUUUACGGCCGGAUUCCUCUUCAUUACGCCUGUAUGCAUGGCCGCGUGGAUAUGGUGCGGGACCUCCUGGCUGCAGGACCUCAUACUGUCGAUGUGAUGGAUCAUGAUAAUUUCACCCCCUUGAUUCACAGCAUUGUCAAAGAUCAACUAGCAUGUGCGGAGCAACUACUUCACAACAAUGCCCGCAUCGACCCCGCUUCCGAGUCCGAUCAUAUUCCGCUGAAUCUUGCCUGUCAGCAUGGAUCGCUUUCGAUAGUUCAAAUGCUCUUACAGCGGCGUGCACGAUUGCUUCCAGACGCUGAAGGCCUCUAUCCUCAGCACAUGGUGGCACGAGCCUCGCAGUCGCCGCAGUUACUCCUACUUCUCAAGCAAUACGGGGCUGAUAUGGAUCAGCGUGACAAGUUGUAUCAAUGGACACCACUCUUCCAUGCUGCCAGCGAAGGCUGCGUGGGCUGUUUGCGCACUCUACUGGAGCUAGGUGUCGACGCCAGUGCUGUUGAUGAGAAGGGCCUCUCGGCGAUGUAUUAUGCGGCCUGGGAAGGGCAUUUGGAAUGCAUGCUUUUGCUUUGGUCUAUCCGCACCGACUCACGACCCGCGCGGACACCAUUCGACAUUAUGAACGGUACGAGACAAGCAGAGGCAAGCCACAACAUUGAUCUGCAAAUCAGCGAUGCAACGGAAACCGGUGACAUGGAGACCGCUGACGGUAUCCCUGAUUUGUCUCUUCCACCGCCUAUCAUACCCCUGAGGCGAUACGGCCACAACUUUUUGGAUAAGAAAGUGUUUGUUCAGAUAUUAUUUGACACUGGCGCAUCUGGUUCGAUCUGCUUUGAUCAGGCCGGCCGGCACCCUGCUGCUCGCUUGACCAUCUCAUCCAAACUCUCUGACUUGAUUCCCCGCACGAUUAUGCUUCCGAUUCAAGAGGAUUCACGUAUGAUCUCAUUCCACGUGGAUAACCUAGAGUCAUUCGCCGUUGACUUCGAGAUUUUCCCCACCUUUGGCUCCAAGGUCAUCGCCAAAACAGUCGCUCUACCGACAGUAUUUAGAGCUGAGAAUUCCAGUACCGGGACAUGUACAUUGCCCUUGUUUGAUCCUAGGUUACGUUCGAUCGGCCAGCUUCAGUUCGGUUUCCAGGUUAUCAAGCCGUAUCACGGAGAUCCUCUGGAGAUUACCCACUUCGCCACUUAUUGGAAGGCAACAAGUGCUAUUGAUCCUGAGCAUAACGGCCUAGUCACCGGCUCUAGCCUUUCAGGCGACCAUGUUCAGCUUUUCGUGCAACUCACCAAGGAUCGGGUUCCGGUUCUGUACCCUCACUUUACCAUUGGCCAUCACAACAUCGAAAUCCCCAUUUGCCAUCUAACCUAUGCCCAGUUCCAAGCAAUGGGCGCCGAAAGGGGUAUAAAUCAUUCGGAAAUGGUGAAAUUCCUGCAAACGCGUGCGGUGGAGGAUUUGACACAGGCUCAUCGCUUGCUGGCCUCAUCAUUCCUCUCAUUGCGAGACGUAUUCCACCAUCUACCACUCAGUGUCAGCAUCAACUUGUCGAUCCUCUACCCCUCUGCCGCCGAGGAGCGAGCGUUGAACAUGACGUCUUUGGCGGAUGUCAACACCUUUGCCGAUGCAAUUCUUACCGAAGUGUUUGACCAUGCUCGUAUUUCGCGGGAUCAUAACCCCGACUACAUGCGUUCUGUGGUCUUUACCUCCUAUAACCCCAAUAUCUGCAUUGCUUUGAACUGGAAGCAACCGAACUACCCCGUCCUUCUUUGCAAUGAUCUUGGCCAAAUCCGCGACUUGGCCCGUGACGUUAAGUCUUUGCCAGACGUUGACAGUAGUGGUCGAGCUUCUAUGUCCAUCAAGGAAUCUGCGCGGAUAGCACAAAGUAACAAUCUCAUGGGCUUGAUAUGCCGUUCUAGUCUCUUGAACGUUGUACCGGCGCUUGUAGAAACUAUCAAGGAGCUUGGCCUCGUGCUAGUCGCGGAUACCUCCGAUGACUCCGAGCAACCCGACCAACUAGACGCCAUGCAAGUCGCGAGCCCAUUGGGCGUGGCUGAAUGGGCAUACAGGAUGCCAGACGGUGUGAAUGGUGUUAUGAAAGCCAAUGGCAUCCUGAAAUUCAACGAUAUGAUUGACAUGUGA